UAUGCAUGUAGGAAGACCUUUCUGUUCAGAAAAAUAAGAAGGCUUGUCUUAGGCUGGUUACAGUGGGUUUUUUUCUAAGGAGGAAAUAUAGAGUGGAAGAUAAUCAUUGGUUGACUUUGGCAUGGUGUCUGUCUUAGAUUCUUUGCACAAGGUAAAUUUGAUUCAGUUUAUGGUUAACAGACAUUUUAUCACAGGAGGGGAUUUGCGGGAUAUUAAUGGUCACUGUGCCUCCACUGUGUCGUCUAUAUUUCUGAGAACAUAAGGUAUUUAUCUGUUCUUGGGUACAUUCUAUAAUGAUCAGUGAGCUCUGGAUUUUCUUAUGCACUCAAGAGGAAUCUGUCAACUUGGUCCUCAGUUUCUCUCUACAACAGCCUUAAAAAUGAAAGUCUAUAAUGAAUAAGAUGAUUCUCAAAAAACUAAGGAAGUAGUCCCUCAGCCCUGAAGACUUCAUAAAUCAUCAAAGAAUAUGAUCUGAUGUGUUGCUAAUGAGUCAUUCUUUCCAGUCCAAUAGUUUUGUGUGAAUGUUAAAAACUGCUAUCAAGUUGUUUGUUCUUAGUUAAUAUACACGUAUUCAUCUUUACUGAAGCAUUUAUUAAAAUGUAUAUUUUACCAAUAUUUGAGGGUAGAGUCUUUAUAAUGUUUAUUUAUGCAUAGGUAUGUAACUUGCUGGAACGUACAGAUCCAAGAAGUGGCCUAGUUGGACUAAUAAUCUAGCACAGCGCUAGGAACAUGGUAAAGACACAAUAAGUCUUGAAUAAAUGAAUUAAUAGUUAUCAUGCAAGGGUGACUGAUACAAGCAAAGGCCUGCUUCAGUGCUUUGUUUGCACUUUCUUGUCGUUUGCACAAGAAGCCUGUGAGGUGGGUAUUAUCACCUAGACAGUAGAUCCUAAUGGUAAGAGCAAGGAUACUGGAGUUUUUUGUCUGUUUAAGUUCCAUUCUUGCUGUGUGACCUAGGGUAAGUUACCGCUGUUGUUUUUCCUCAUUUGAGAAAUGGCGAUGACGCGGCAUGUGUUUGCUAACAGUAUGUUUAUUCUACAGAUAAAUACCCAGACCGGUUAAGUUAUCUAUGGUCACAUAGCAAGGGGUGGAGCUGGGGCCAGAAGCCAGUCCAUCCUAAUCUAACCUGGGCUGUGAGCUUCAUUACACAACCGUGACUACUUUCAAAGUUUGCUAAAUACCAAGCGGAGACGCAUUUUCAUUGAUCAAUCUCAGUUCCUUGCCUAAAGCAUUCAUAUCCCUAAGCCAGCACCCUUUCUUCUCUCCGGAGCAGUCACCGCACAACCUACCUGGCCUUUUACCCUCAGCGCCUCCGGAGCAGCUCCGGCAGGUAUCUCUUCCUCCAUGUUUGUUUGAACAGAGGACGGGGGCGGAGUUAGAACGGCUAAGCUUUCCCGCCUGUGUUCCUUACAGUUUUCAGUUUGGUCCGAUUGAUUCAAAUAAAAGUACAGCCAUUUUUCUUAAACACACUUGUCUUUCGACUUAACCGUAGGUUUGAACCUUACGUUUGUGUUUUAUCUACUAUGUCUGGACGAGGCAAGGGCGGGAAAGGUUUGGGCAAAGGCGGCGCCAAACGGCACCGCAAGGUCUUGCGUGACAACAUCCAGGGAAUCACCAAGCCCGCCAUCCGGCGUCUAGCUCGGCGUGGCGGUGUCAAGCGCAUCUCCGGUCUCAUCUACGAGGAGACUCGCGGGGUGCUCAAGGUCUUUCUGGAGAACGUAAUCCGCGAUGCCGUCACCUACACCGAGCACGCCAAGCGUAAGACGGUAACGGCCAUGGACGUGGUCUACGCGCUCAAGCGCCAGGGGCGCACCCUCUACGGAUUCGGCGAUUUGAAGUACCAUUUACAGUCCUCCCAAAACGCCCUCACGCUCAAUCUGCAUGGCAGCCAAAGCGCAACAGCAAUUUCUUGUGCCUACAAAGGCACUUACUUGGAGCUAGUGUACUUGGUGACGGCCUUGGUGCCCUCGGACACUGCGUGCUUGGCCAGCUCCCCGGGCAGAAGCAGGCGCACGGCCGUCUGGAUCUCCCUGGAAGUGAUGGGCGGCAAGGCUCGCGCCAAGGCUAAGACUCGCUCUUCCCGCGCUGGGCUCCAGUUCCCCGUGGGUCGUGUCCACCGUCUGCUUCGCAAGGGGAACUACGCCGAGCGGGUUGGAGCCGGCGCGCCGGUGUACCUGGCGGCGGUGCUGGAGUACCUGACGGCCGAGAUCCUGGAGCUGGCUGGUAACGCGGCCCGCGACAACAAGAAGACGCGCAUCAUCCCGCGCCACCUGCAGCUGGCCAUCCGCAAUGAUGAGGAGCUCAACAAGCUGCUGGGCAAAGUGACCAUCGCGCAAGGUGGAGUCCUGCCCAACAUCCAGGCUGUUCUUUUGCCCAAGAAGACUGAGAGCCACCAUAAGGCCAAGGAAGUUAACGGAGGGGUCAGAUCCCAGGUGUAUCUAAAAUCAAGACAGCCUUUUAUUUGGGUCAAGCCGCGCGCGGUUCCGGGUCCUGCUGUUGCUCCCAGUGAGCAGUCGCAAUUCCCCCGCAACGCCCCGCCGGCCAAAUCCAAGGUCCGGCGAGUGGCGACCCCGCCCAGGGUGGAUCCAGCGGAGUUCUCGGUGCUGAUCGAGCGUUACCACGAGUACCGCCAGACCGUGUGCACCCUCAGGCUGGAGUUUGUGGCCGAGGUGCGGAAGAAGAUACCCAAAGCCGGAGCCGAGGUGGAUUUACUGCUGGUCUUCACUUUUUCCUUACACUGGUCAAGCGACCGAGCCAUGGCUCGAACCAAGCAGACAGCUCGCAAGUCCACCGGCGGCAAGGCGCCGCGCAAGCAGCUGGCCACCAAAGCGGCCCGCAAGAGCGCGCCAGCCACUGGCGGAGUGAAGAAGCCGCACCGCUACCGGCCCGGCACCGUGGCGCUGCGCGAGAUUCGGCGUUACCAGAAGUCGACCGAGCUGCUGAUCCGCAAGCUGCCGUUCCAGCGGCUCGUGCGCGAGAUCGCGCAGGACUUCAAGACUGACCUGCGCUUCCAAAGCUCGGCCGUGAUGGCGCUGCAGGAGGCGUGCGAGGCCUAUCUUGUGGGGCUCUUUGAGGACACGAAUCUUCGCCUCUGCCUCGAAAUGUCUGGCCGGGGUAAGGGUGGCAAAGGUCUUGGUAAAGGCGGCGCCAAGCGCCACCGUAAGGUGCUCCGCGACAAUAUCCAGGGAAUCACCAAGCCCGCUAUCCGGCGUCUGGCUCGGCGUGGCGGCGUUAAGCGCAUCUCUGGCCUCAUCUAUGAGGAGACUCGUGGGGUGCUCAAGGUCUUCCUGGAGAACGUGAUCCGUGACGCCGUCACCUAUACCGAGCACGCCAAGCGCAAGACGGUCACGGCUAUGGACGUGGUCUACGCGCUCAAGCGCCAGGGGCGGACCCUGUAUGGCUUUGGCGGCUGAGUGCGCUUUUGUCUUCGUUCACAACAAAAGGCCCUUUUCAGGGCCCCCCCGUACUCUGCUGAGGAGCCGUGAUGCAGAUUUGAAUGAGGGAAUCUGCAGAUAAAAUUCAGGAGAGGAAGCUGGAAGAAGAUUUAGAGAGAUUGAAUUAAACCUAAACACUCUCCAGGCUCAAGAUAAAGAUUACAGAGGCU